ACCUUUAAAAACACAUACUAAUUCUCUUGCGCAUACUCUUCCUUUCAAUCUUUCUCUCUUCUAAUCACACAAUUAUGGUGGUUCCUUCUCCAUCUCCCAUUAGAAGCAAGAAGACAAAGGCAGUUGGGAUUCCAGUAAUAGACCUUUCUCUCAAUAGGUCUGCCAUAGCAGAACUCAUAGUGAAUGCAUGUGAAGAUUAUGGCUUUUUCAAGGUGGUUAACCAUGGUGUGCCCAAGGAGAUAAUUGGGAGGUUAGAGGAGGAGGGGCUCAGUUUUUUCGCCAAACCCAGUUCGGAGAAGCAGAAGGCAGGGCCAGCUAGUCCUUUUGGCUACGGCUGCAAGAACAUUGGAUUCAAUGGGGACAGGGGGGAGCUUGAGUAUCUUCUUCUCCACACGAAUCCUGUCUCCAUUUCUGAGAGAUCCAGAGCCAUUUCCAAUGACCCCACAGAGUUCAGCUGUGCUGUGAAUGAUUACAUACAAGGGGUGAGAGAGCUGUGCUGUGAGAUUCUAGACCUGAUUGGGGAGGGGCUGUGGCUCCAGGAUAAGAUGGUGUUUAGUAGGAUGAUCAGGGACGUCCAUAGUGACUCAGUCAUCAGGGUCAAUCACUAUCCGGCAGUCAAGGAUGUGAAAGAGUGGGACCCAUGUGACCCCAUUGGAUUCGGAGAGCAUUCUGACCCUCAGAUUCUGACCAUCCUCAGAUCCAACGACGUCCCGGGCCUCCAAAUCCGUCUGCGUGAUGGGUUAUGGGUCCCUGUCCCUCCCGACCCCACUGAAUUCUGUGUCUUCGUCGGCGACGCAUUAGAGGCAAUGACAAACGGGAGGCUGAUGAGCGUGAGGCACAGAGCCUUGACAAGCUCAGUGAAGGCCAGGCUAUCAAUGAUGUACUUCGGAGCUCCACCCCUAAAUGCAUGGAUAUCUCCUCUUCCAGACAUGGUGUCACCCCAGAAACCUUCUCUCUACAGGCCUUUCAGUUGGGUUGAAUACAAGAAAGCUGCAUACUCCCUAAGAUUAGGAGAUCGCCGCCUUGAUCUCUUCAAGAUCAAUACUAGUAGUACUGGAGACAAAGUUGAACUAUGAUCAGUAAGAAAAUUUUGUGCUAGGAGAAAGCCAAAUUCAAGGCGCUGUGUGCAUAUAUAUAUAUAUAUAGAUAUAGUUGUUACACAUAUGAGUUGGUCAAUGGGUGAUCUUAUGAUUUCAUUAGAUUUUUGUAUUUUGUGAGAAUUCUAUGUAAACCUAGUGUGAGUUUGAAGCUAUAAUACAAGAU